CCAUCAAAGAGAGAGAGAGAAAAGCGAGCAAGAAAGGAGAGAAUAGCAAAAACAAGAAAAAAAACCCAAUUCUUCUUUUUUUCCCUCCUCUCCUCUUUCCUUUGGUUUCUGCCUCUCUUUCUGCUUUUGAUCCAUGGUAAUGGUAUGGUAUGGUAUGAUAUGAUUUGAAGAAAAAAGCAAUCAACCCAUUUGCCCUAUAUUGAUUUUAAUCGAUUCUUUAAUUAAAUCUUUGGUUUCUUGGGUAUUGGAAAAAAUACCCAUAUUGCUGUUAGCCAAAUCUCCAAUGUGGUCAUUGAGAAAACCACAAAGACGAGAAAAUAGCUUCAGUAGGAGGAAAAUCCAGAAAAGAAACGGUAGUGGUGGAUCUCAGAAAGGAAUAGAAAGAUUGGAUAACAACGGGCGUGGAUCUGAUGGUUGGUCGGGCAUUAUUGGGAUUGGAAGGAGUCAAGCAGCUGAUACUUUAUCGUUGUGGAGGUGGUACUGCUAGGAUAGUGGUGGUGGGCUGCACAGGAGAGGAAUAUGCAGCUUCACAUCUCGCCUAGCAUGAGAAGCAUCACGAUAUCGAGCAGCAGCAGCAAUGGAUUUAUUGACUUGAUGAAGAUCAAGGUCGCAGCUCGCCACAUAUCUUAUCGAACCCUUUUCCAUACCAUCCUCAUUCUCGCUUUCUUGUUGCCCUUUGUCUUCAUUCUCACCGCUCUUGUUACCCUUGAAGGUGUCAACAAGUGCUCUUCAUUUGAUUGUUUAGGUAGGCGACUGGGACCAAGGCUUCUUGGCAGAGUGGAUGAUUCAGGGCAUAUGCUGGUUAAAGACUUUUACAAGAUUCUCAAUCAAGUAAACCAUGAGGAAAUCCCAGAUGGUCUAAAGCUCCCAGAUUCUUAUAACCAACUUGUGUCUGAAAUGAAAAGCAACCAGUAUGAUGCAAAAACAUUUGCUUUCAUGCUGAGGGCUAUGUUGGAGAAGUUUGAAAGGGAAAUCAGGGAAUCUAAAUUUGCAGAGCUGAUGAACAAACACUUUGCCGCAAGUUCCAUUCCAAAAGGCAUCCACUGUCUCUCACUACGUUUGACUGAUGAAUAUUCCUCCAAUGCUCAUGCACGCAAACAAUUGCCAUCUCCAGAGUUGCUUCCUUUGCUUUCUGACAACUCUUACCAUCACUUCGUUUUGUCCACUGAUAACAUUUUAGCUGCUUCAGUUGUGGUUACUUCUACUGUCCAAUCAUCUCUAAAACCUGAAAAGAUAGUAUUUCAUGUAAUUACUGACAAGAAAACUUAUGCGGGUAUGCAUUCAUGGUUUGCACUAAAUUCUGUGUUCCCUGCUAUUGUUGAAGUCAAAGGUGUGCACCAGUUUGACUGGUUAACGAGGGAGAAUGUUCCAGUACUUGAAGCUGUAGAGAACCAUAACGGUAUCAGGAAUUACUACCAUGGAAAUCACAUUGCAGGUGCCAAUCCCAGUACUACAACUCCACGAAUGUUUGCUUCAAAGUUGCAGUCUAGAAGUCCAAAGUACAUAUCCCUGCUCAACCAUCUCCGCAUAUAUUUACCUGAGCUUUUUCCGAACCUUGACAAGGUGGUCUUCUUAGAUGAUGAUGUUGUCAUCCAGCGUGAUUUGUCUCCACUUUGGGAAAUUGACCUUGAGGGAAAGGUUAAUGGAGCUGUUGAAACUUGUAAAGGUGAAGAUGAGUGGGUAAUGUCCAAGUAUUUCAAAAACUACUUCAACUUUUCUCAUCCCCUCAUUGCAAAAAGUUUGGACCCUAAUGAAUGUGCAUGGGCCUAUGGGAUGAACAUAUUUGAUCUCUGUGCUUGGAGGAAAACAAAUAUAAGAGAAACCUACCAUUCCUGGUUGAAGGAGAACUUGAAGUCAAACCUGACAAUGUGGAAGCUUGGUACCCUACCACCAGCUUUAAUAGCAUUUAAAGGUCAUGUUCAACCGAUCGACCCAUCUUGGCAUAUGCUCGGCUUGGGUUAUCAGAAUAACACCAACAUAGAGAAUGUGAAAAAGGCUGCUGUUAUUCACUACAAUGGCCAGUCAAAACCGUGGCUGCAGAUUGGCUUUGAGCAUCUCCGACCAUUUUGGACUAAGCACGUCAAUUACUCCAAUGAUUUUAUAAGGAACUGCCACAUCAUGGAAUCAUAGUGAUCAAUCAUAGGUCAUAGCUGGUAGAAACUAGAAUUGGAACAAGAAAUGAUGCAAGUGAUUUUCAGUCACGACAGUUGUUUGAGGGCUCAGAAUUUUGUUGAGAUCUAUUUGAGACGAGAAGCAGAAUUUUGUCAAGGGCAGUGUUACAGGUCUAAAUUCACUGUCAUCCGUCGCACCAUUGCUCGAGAAGGCCUGCAUCACUGGCUCGCGCAUGAGAUUCAUUCUUUCGAUCUGUAACAUAGCAAUCCAUCAUAUAUUUGGUUGGGGAAGAGGAUAGUCUUCCUACCGGAAGUCUAACCCAAUUUCUCAGCUCGUAUAUUUUUGAAUAAAGCGAUAUAUACAAAGUGAAUAUUUCAAUACAUCAUGCUGAUUAGUGCAAGGAAGAGGAAACCUAGGAUGGGACUUUUGUGAGGGCUGCUGCAUUCCCUUCAUUGUUUUGUUCUCCUGUUGUUUCAUUUUUGUUAGUAUGUUCCUUUCCUUUUGGCUUUUACUUCGAUAUCAUGAAGGUGAAAUUUAGGAGUAGGUAAUGGAGAUUGCUUGGUUACAGAUCCCACUGAAUUGGGGAACUAUUUUUAGGUUCUAUAUCAGUAUUCGUUUUGUACGAUUCACGAUAUACAUUUAAAAUGUGCAGGAAAUUCUUUUCAAACUUCUCA